AUGAAAUCGCUGCUCCAUCGCCGCAGUCAGUCGGCCGGCGGGUCCGAGUCGCCCAAGUCGAAGAGUGGCUCGGUCACGCCCUCUUCUCCGGCCAUGCUCAUGUCUCCAGGCAGCAGAUCACCCGACAAGAGUCCGCCCAAGUCCCCCGGCAGGCUCUCCAUGAGCUCAGUGUUGCGUCGAAUGUCCACCAGCAGUCCUCCAAAGAGCCCCGUCAAGAGCUCGAGUCCCCAGCGAUCGCCAACUAAGAGCGGUAGUCCGUUCGGCUCGGUGUUCAGCAGCAAUGUGGUCAAGAAGGCUCUGGCCAACCACUACCCGACCACGCCACGAAUCGAAGAAAAGGGUCACAGAAAGACGCAAUCUGCCGGUCAACAGUACUCUUCGAUGAUCAUUGACGCAGAAAAGCAACAGAAACCGCAGACACACACCCGAACGCCGAUUCUGCCAGAGAGAUAUCCUGUCACGCCGGUGAUGCAGGCUAGCACGCCAAAGACACCAAAGACAGAGCCGCAGAGGAAAACAUACGGAGACACCUUCCCCCAAUUGUCCCCGCAGACCAGUAAACCUGCUUUGAAAUCCCCCUCUUAUAAUCGCCACUCGUAUCACCCCAACGCCAUGUCAGACUUAGACCCGCUACAAAAUCCCACCACGAGCAUCAAUCUUAAACAAACCAAGUCCCACACCUCGCUCAAUAAUCUCAGCCAGACAAAGUCAUACACUCCUAAUCUGAGCAGCACGGGCACUCCCAACCUCAGCAAAACAUCCUCGCAUCAAGUUCGUCCUCGGCGGCUGUCUGCUGAUCUUAGACGUUCCUUCGAUGUCAGACGAGCUGACUUCACCGCUGCGCUGGAAGAGAAGAAGUCUUCGCUUUCUCCAAAUCUGAAGAAACUAAACCCCAUCAACUUGAUUAAAAGAAGGAGCAGCAAGGACGAUUUCAUCAACAUUGCCGAUGUAUACGAAGACGCUGGAAUCUACGAAUCUCGCACUUCCAGGGAAUAUUCAGCACGAGACUUUUCUUCAAGAGAUAACGUCUUUACGCCUACUUUCACACCCACGUCAAGCCACGACGGCUUCGACAACUCUCGAGAACUCCAUCCCACGCCGGUGUCACAUGAUAUCAUCAGCUCUUCUCGUGACCCCGAAACUGGUGUCAUUUACGCAACCCGAAAGUGCGAAUGGGGAACCAGUCCUGGAAGUUCCAAGACUUCGGUGGUGAUGGAGUCUCCAGUUAUCACAGCUACAGAGCCUCAAGUGACUCGCAAACAUACGAAAUCAAAGUCUGCAGUCAUCACUAAUCCACUGGAGAUUCCUGAUCAGCCCGUCGAGUCGCUGCGAGUGGUUAAAAAGUCGUCUGGCGUGGGUCUCAACAUUCUGAUGGGAGGAGACAUGUCCCGAGACUCUCUUGUACGCGAUUCUCCUUCUUCUCGUGACUCCCCUAGUCGUGCUUCGUUCACGUUUCCCUCUCGCGACUCUCCCUCGCAUGUAUCAUUGGCCCGAGAUUCUCCUUCUAGGGCCUCGUUUUCCAACGACUCUCCGUCUGUUAUUCAGCCUCGGAGUUCUUUCUCACGAGAACUCCCUUCUGUCCCUUCCAGACGCGACAGCAAGGUUGCUUCUCGACGCCAUUCGGCCAUUGGAAUAGACACAAACACAUGGGAAGUUCCCCCUCGUGACUCGCGACGAAACAGUAGAGUUCUCAGUGAGAUUAUUGCGGAGUCAGACCUCACAGCUAUCUCCGACGCUGCUGAAUCAGCUAAGAUAGCAGAGGCAACGAGGAUUGCCGAGGCUCGAGCGGCAGCAGACACAAAAGCUGCUGAAUCAGCGAGUGAAGCGGUGAAAGCUCAGUCAGCUAAUGUUGAUCCAAGUCCUUCUAUCGACUUCGAGUCUCAUGAUACACUGUCUCAUGACACACUUUCUCGAGGACAAAACUCGUUGCGUUCAAGUAACACUGGCCACACUUCUUUUGAGCAGGAACUCGAAGGUGAGCACGUGGUUGAACACAUAACUUCGGGUAGCGCGAUCCCUGAUAAUGUGUCCAUCUCCCAAUACACGAAGCAGCUAAUGGCUCAGGAUCGCGACAACUCAUUUGGUGGGCUUUUGGAAGACGAUUCCGACUCUGCCUUUUCUUUUGAGGACGACGAUUUUGGAAGAAACUCUUCUGUGCGUCUACACAAGAAACCUGAGCGGUUUACGAGCCAUGACUUGAGUGAUGGUGAAGAAGAGUAUGAUGACUAUGACGGGUACGAUGACGAUAUGUACGAUGACGAAGGCAUUGAAGACGAUGCUCAUUUGUACGGAGGCAAUGCUUUCCUGGACCAGUCAUCGCCUAAAGACGAGGUUCCUCCUGGAGAUAUUCUUCCCAGCAGUCUUACCAACCAUGGAUCUAGAAUCUCACGCGGAAAGAGUCAUGGACGAGGUUUGAGUGGUAGCAGACGUUCUAGCUACUCGAAGGACAACUCUAGUGGAAUUACUCGUUCUAGACGUGCUUCCGUUGAACAGGGUACCGACUCAGCCCAUGAUUCUCCUGCUGGCAUCGCUGCUUCCUCUGUCACGUCCCCUGCUAACCACGAGCGUCAUAAUAGUCACGGUAGUAUUGGUGGACGAAGCCACGGAAGAAAACACAGCAAGCGAUUAGCAAGUUACCACAGUAAGGAUGAUUCUACCUCUACUACUGCUGACUCAAUUGGACCUGUUGCUGUGACUGCUGAUGAUCCUGUUUUCCAGCGUCAAAAGUUACUGUCCCAGCAGUUGUCUCCUGCCCAGUUCAAGUUCCCCCCCGACUCAAGUGAGACUCUUGAACUUGAUUUUUCAGGCGAAAAGUCAAGAGAUGGUUGCCAUGCUCGUGAUCUGAGUAGUAGGUCACUUGGCUCGAUUACUUCUCCUGAUGUCAACCAGAACGCAGUGUCAACUUCUUCUCCGUCUGUAUCUCACUCCCGCCAGUCGUCGCGUGACAAGAGACGUUCGUACAAGUUCCCUCCUGCUCAGGAAGAGGAUUUUUCGUUUGAGUCUGCCCACGACUCUUCGUUAAACCAUACCAUCACCGAACAGGACUACGAGGACGACGAACACGACUCUACAGCGUUUGCCUACCAGGAAGUUGAAGAUGCUCUUUCUGAGAUUGAGUCUCUCACCCAGUCUGGAUGCAGUUCUCCCAUGAGAUCCAGGUUUGAGAUUCCGUCUCUUGGAGAAACCCUAGGCCAUGUGCGAAACCUGUCCAAUCCGAGCUACGUGGGAAGCCCUGGCCAUGCUCGCAACCUCAGUCACGUGAGCAGCCCCAGUCACGUACGAAAUCUGAGUCAAUUCAGCAACCCCAAUUCUACUGGUCAUAUUUCCAGUCCCAGUUUCGGUCAGACAGGCCACAUUCGGUCGGUUUCCGGCACGCAGGCGAUUCAGGAACCGCUUGAGAUCGACACAGGGUUUACAGAUUAUGAUCAGUACGGAUUUGGGUACCCCGAGGGCGAUUUUGAAGGGGGAGGAUACUCCGACGAGUACUACGAUGACCUCCUGGAUGAAGCUAAUGCGGUUUCGGAAAUCUACUACGAUGAAGAAGAUCCAGUGAGAAGUGAUAGAGGAUACAGUAGUCGUCUGGAGCGGUCCCACAGCAACAGAAAGCUGCCUCGAAAGGUGAUUCACGUCACUGAACCCAGCAAUAAUGUGGUUGAGUCUCGUGAAGGAACAACCACCCUGUUUGGACUUAUUAAUGAUGAAGCCGAGGAGGCGAGAAGUAUCGUCACCACUCCUGUUAACCAGCAGGGUCCUUUUGAUCCGAUAUCUGGACUUCCCAUUCCUGGGUAUGUUGAAUUGACUCCUAUUAGUGAGCGGUCAUAUGAUGGAGAUUCUCCUUAUAGAAGGUAG